AGAACCCCGCGCCGCCCCGGCACUUAGCGCAGCGCGAGCCGGUACUUAGAGGGCUCUUGCCAUGGGUCGCGCAGACCCCCAGCUGCCCGAUGGGGGAGCAGGAGGCUGUGUCCACGGAAAGGAGCCUGGCAUCCCGGGCCGCACGCAGACGUCCGGAGCGCCCCCCACAGUCGGGCUGCGACUCACUACCUGGCACGGGGCUGAGCGCAGCGGUGACUUAACCCGUUCUGGGUUUGGUGGUGGUGGUGAGGGCAGGCAGGGGACAUUGCCCAUUUUGGCCAAGGGUCACACAACAUCUACAUCACAAUUGGGCCAGAGUUUUAAAAUGUCUGACCCUCUCCCUCCCCACCACACGCGGCUUCUGUGUCCAGACGGAGAAUGUUCUAGCGCUGGGGGCGGUUGCGGAUGAAAAGGAGCAGGCCAAGGGCGAUGGUGGAGUAGAGCUGCCCCGCAGAGGCAGCAUGAGCUGAGAGGGUGAUAGAAAGGAAGGAGGUGCUAGACAGCAUGGAGGACUUUCUGCUUUCCAACGGGUACCAGCUGGGCAAGACCAUUGGGGAAGGGACCUACUCAAAAGUCAAAGAAGCAGUUUCCAAAAAACACCAAAAAAAAGUGGCGAUUAAAAUUAUAGACAAGAUGGGAGGGCCAGAAGAGUUUAUCCAGAGAUUCCUGCCUCGGGAGCUCCAGAUUGCCCGUACCCUGGACCACAAGAACAUCAUCCAAGUGUAUGAGACGCUGGAGUCUGCCGACGGGAAAAUCUACCUGGUGAUGGAGCUGGCUGAAGGAGGGGAUGUCUUUGACUGUGUGCUGAAUGGGGGGCCACUGCCCGAGAGCCAGGCCAAGGCCCUCUUCCGUCAGAUGGUCGAGGCCAUCUGCUACUGCCAUGGCUGUGGUGUGGCUCACCGGGACCUCAAGUGCGAGAACGCUUUGUUGCAGGGCUUCAACCUGAAGCUUACAGACUUUGGCUUCGCCAAGGUGUUGCCCAAAUCAUGCCGGGAGCUCAGCCAGACCUUCUGCGGCAGCACAGCCUAUGCCGCCCCAGAGGUGCUUCAGGGUAUUCCCCACGAUAGCAAGAAGGGUGACGUCUGGAGCAUGGGCGUGGUCCUGUACGUCAUGCUCUGUGCCAGCCUACCUUUUGAUGACACAGACAUCCCCAAGAUGCUGUGGCAGCAGCAGAAGAGGGUGUCCUUCCCCACUCAUCUGGGCAUCUCGGCUGAAUGCCAGGACUUGCUCAAGCGGCUCCUGGAACCAGACAUGAUCCUCCGGCCUUCAAUCGAAGAAGUUAGUUGGCAUCCAUGGCUAGCAAGCACUUGAUAAAAGCAAUGGCAAGUCCCCCCCAAUAAAGUAGGGGGAGAAAGCAAACCCAAAAACCCGCUUCUAAAAUGGUGAUAUAUAUUUUACACUUUAAGUUUACUUAUCCUAAAACUUACCUACACCCUCUCCAGCCUUUCUUCUCUUUCCCUUUAAAGAUCUUCAUGGAACCAGAGGGCCUCAUUCAGACUUCCCUUUUAUUACAGCUGACAAGUGAUUUUCAUACAGGUGUUUAACUGAAGUUAAUUAAAAAUAGACCCCAGAAUCAUACACAUACAGGGGGAGGAGAGGAGAAAAAUGACCAAGAGCAACUGGAACCACUGUUGUUGCAACUUCCUUUCUAAUAAAAGCAGAAGCGUUGGGAAUGCAGUAACGGCCUCUUGACUCCUUGUCUUGGUGAGAGGCCUGUUGGGGGCCCUGUCCCUUUCUCAUCCCAAAGGCCAAGGUGAGCCUGGGAUGAGGACAAGGGACUUCCUCAGAACCCAGGCUA